UCAAGAUGGCCAACACAGUUUCUUCUCCUCUUUGUCAGAAAAUCCCCAUUAAAGUUAACAAACUAAACAGAGCCAUUGAUCUCACAAUCUUACUCUUGCUUAUCUCUAUCCUCGUUUAUCGCCUCCUUUCCUUCAACAAAAACCAUGGCUUCACCUGGGUCCUCGCCUUCGUAUGCGAGUUCUGGUUCGCCCUCGAAUUCUCUCUCUCUCUCACCACCUUCUGGACGCCUGCCGAGUUCAAAACAUACCCAGAAAUCCUCUUGCAAAGGGAUGCCGCGGAGCUUCCAGCUGUGGACCUGUUCGUGACGACGGCGGAUGUGGUGCUUGAGUCUCCAAUCGUGACGGUAAACACCGUGCUGUCGCUUAUGGCCGUCGAUUAUCCGGCUCAUAAGCUGGCUUGCUACGUGUCGGACGAUGGAUGCUCUCCAAUCAUCCUCUACUCUCUCAUUGAAGCCUUCAAAUUUGCUCGCCUUUGGGUUCCUUUUUGUAAGAAGUACGAUGUUCAAGUCAGAGCACCUUUUAGAUACUUCUCCAGGGAUGAUUCUUUUCCGCCUAGUGAUGAUGAUAAGAAGUCACCCGAAUUCCAUCCUGAAUGGAGACGGAUGAAGGAAGAGUAUGAAAAGCUAAGACAAAAAAUUGAAGAAGCAACCAAGGGAACACUCAAGAUUGUAUGUUCUGGAGAGUAUGCUGCUUUCGCAAAUACAAAUAAAAGUGACCACCCCAAUAUAAUCAAGGUCAUAUGGGAGAACAAGGAAAGAGUUCCAGAAGGAGUGCCUCAUCUAAUUUAUGUUUGCAGAGAGAAGAGUCCAAAUUGUCCACAUCACUACAAGGCCGGUGCAAUGAACGUUCUGACCAGAGUUUCCGGAGUGAUGACAAAUGCUCCUUUCUUGUUGAACGUGGACUGUGACAUGUUUGUGAACAAUCCGAAAAUAGUUCAUCAAGCGAUGAGCUCUUUCCUAGGCCUCAAACCUCAAGAAUGUGCAUUUGUCCAGUUUCCUCAAGUCAUCUACAAUCAGUUGAAAGAUGACCCAUUUGGAACCCAAAUGGUUGCUGCGUUUGAAGUUAUUGGGCAUGGAAUGGCAGGGAUUCAAGGACCUCUUUAUGCAGGAACUAAUUGCUUUCACAGACGUAAACUCAUUUAUGGUUUCUCUUUAGACAAUGCAGAUUUUCAAGGAAAAGAGGAUGAUGAGAAAGUACUACUGAAAGAAUCAUUCGGAAAUUCCAUAGAGUUCAUAAAUUCUGUGACUCAAAUUUUGAAGGACGAUAUUAGUCCAGUACAAGAUAUUUCAAUUGCUGCUCAAUUGUCCUCCCAGGCCACCCGUUGUGACUAUGAGCAUGAUACGGUUUGGGGAACAAAGGUAGGGUGGGGUUACGGGUCGAUAACAGAAGAUGUCCUGACUGGAAUGAGGAUCCAUGGCGAGGGCUUGCGAUCUGUUUCGUGCAUGCCAAGCCCACCGGGCUUCCUUGGGACAGCACCCACAAGUGGGCCUGCGUGCUUGAUCCAAAGGAAGAGGUGGGCCACGGGCCUGCUCCAAGCCAUGUUUAGUAAGAAUAGCCCAAUUGUGACCACCUUAAAUGCUAAGCUUGAGUUCAGGCAGAGCUUGGCGUACACGUGGGUCCUCACUAGUCCCCUAGGCGCCAUGUUUGAUAUGUUUUACAGUCUCUUAGCGGCCUACUGUAUCAUCACCAACGCAAAUUUCUUACCCAAGGCUCAUGAACCGGCUAUGCUAAUUCUUGUUGCUAGAUUUCUCUUCCAAAACUUGCAGCAGUUGUGCUUUUUUCUCCGAUGCGGAUUCUCAGUUCGCGCGUGGUGGAACAACGUGCGAACGGCUAAGAUAACCUCAGCUACUGCGACGGUAUUCGGAGUCUUCAGCUUCCUAUUUAAGCUUGUAGGGAUUUCCGACGUUGUUUUUGAAGUCACACAAAAAGACCAAUCUGAUAAUUCUAGUGAUGAACACAGUAAUCACAAGGAUGGCACUUCUAAAAAUGUCGGUAGGUUUACUUUCGACGAGUCGCCCAUGUUCAUAGCAGGCACAACCUUUCUGUUUGUGCACUUGGCAGCCUUGACGUUGAGCUUGUUUGGACAACAUGACGAGGUUGGUUUGGGGGAGUUUUUGUCAAGUGUUUGGACGGUGUUGUGCUUUUGGCCUUUUGUGAGGGGGUUGUUUGGGAAGGGAAAAUAUGGAAUCCCCUCAUCUAUUGUGUUGAAGUCUGCUGGUUUUGCAUUGUUUUUUGUACACUUGUGUAGAAGGGCCUCAGUUGGUUAAUGAUACGAUCAUGAUCGAGCUUGAUUAUUAUCCAUUAACUAGUUGAUUUGAUGUCAGUUGCAAACUCAUUGGGAACAAUUCAUAAGUUUUGUUGUGACAUUUCUUGAUUUCCUUGGACUAUAACACC